GGGAAGCCUGGGAAAUAUAGUCCUAGGCGCUUUCGGCUCGCUGGGCCGUCGGGCCGGCGCCCGCCGCGCGCCCUCCGCGUUCCGCUCCGGUCGUCCCUGCCGCCCCGGGGGACCGACACCGUUCCCAGGCCAAGCGGCCGGACCCUGGAGGCGUGGCUGGGAGCUGCUGCGCAUGCGUCCUCCUGCCGUGUGGGUAUUUGAAGCUGUCAACUCCUGCAGGUUACGAGAGCUCCACUUUUCGGUACCGAAGUGACAGUGCAACAGUCCCCCCCCAACCAUCCGGAAUAAUGUUUUUCUUUGGGAAAAGAAGACACACACACACACACACACACACACACACACACACACACACACCUAAAUAAGACCGAGCAAGAUGUAAAAGGCCGAGCAGAUAUUUCCUAACGCCAUGUCCAGGCCAUCCCUCAUCGCGUUUACUCCAGCCACCGACUCCAGCGACCUCUGGAAGGAUGGGCAGCAGCAACCACAGCCUGAGGAGCCAGAGCCCGUCCUGGAUGGGGCCGCAGCCCGGGCUUUCUACGAGGCUCUAAUUGCAGAUGAGAGUAGCUCCUCUAAGUCCCAGGGAGCUGGCCCCGUCAGGGGACAGAAGAGGAAGAAAAGAGUGACGAGGGAGGCUGCGGCAGUGGUCCCAGGGACCUCCGGGCAAGGAAGGGCGCCGGAGGAUGAUGACAGGAUGACCCAGUGGAUCCUGCUGGCAGCCCAGAACGGGGACCUGACAGAACUUCGAAGGCUGCUGGAGCCCCGAGAGGCAGGGGGAGCUGGCGGGAACAUCAACGCGCGCGAUGCCUUCUGGUGGACUCCCCUGAUGUGCGCGGCCAGAGCAGGCCAGGCGGCCGCCGUGCACUAUCUCCUGGCCCGGGGCGCCGCCUGGGUAGGAGUCUGUGAGCCGGGAGGCAGGGAUGCCGCUCAGCUGGCAGAAGAAGCCGGCUUCCCUGAGGUGGCCCGCAUGGUCAGAGAGAGCCGUGGAGAGACAAGGAGCCCCGAGAACCAGAGCCGGUCCCCCCCCUCCGCCUCCCAGUUCUGCGAGGACUGUGGUGCCCACUUUGAAGACCUCAACCACCGCACAUCUACCGCUCACCUGCUGUCACUGUCUAGGAGUCCCCGGCCCUCCAACCUUCCCCUUGGGGUGCCCACCUCCAGUCCUGGCUUCAGGCUGCUGUUGAGGGGUGGCUGGGAACCAGGAAUGGGGCUAGGACCCCGGGGUGAAGGCCGUGCCAACCCUAUUCCCACUAUCCUCAAGAGGGACCAGGAAGGACUGGGCUACAGAUCUGCACCCCAGCCCCGAGUCACGCAUUUCCCAGCUCGGGACACGCGGGCUGUGUCUGGGAAAGAAAGAGUACCUCGAGUCGCCACACUCAGUCAGAGGGAGAACAGAAAGAGAGAAGAGAAGGACAGAGCCUGGGAGCGAAACCUAAGACUGUACAUGAACCUUGAAUUAUGACAGGUGCGGGCUGGCCUGUUGUUCCCGGAUGGACUUGGACCCCUGACAUGGGCACUUGAACUUGUACUUCCUGGGAUCCGCCCAGAUGCCAGACCCUCAGGUUUGGGCUCUGCUUUUAGAGAGAAGGGCUGAGAGUUGAGAGAGAAAUAAACUUCACUGUGGUUUGUUUA